AUGAUCUAAACUAAGAAUAUUGACAUAAUCUAAGAAAAUCGUCAUGUUGAUAUUACUUUUAAAAAUAUCACUUACACAGUAACACUUAAAGAUGGAUCUAAAAAAGAUCUACUUAGAGGAGUCAGUGGUAUUUGCAAAAGUGGAGAGGUUACAGCUAUUUUAGGAUCUUCUGGUGCAGGAAAAACAACCCUUUUAAAUGUUCUUAGUUAGAGAAUAUCUAACACAAGGAAAAAUCAUCUUAGUGGUGAGAUUCAUGCUAAUAACAAUCAAUAUGAUGCAGAUUAAUUCAGUCAAUUUGCCUCUUAUGUUAUGUAAGACGAUGUCUUACUUGAAACAAUGACAGUAAAGGAAUGCUUGACAUUUGCUGCUAACUUAAGGACUAGUGGAACUCCUUUGCAAAAAGAAGAGAAAGUAUUAGAAAUAAUCAGAAGUCUUCAUCUAGAAAAAUGUUAAAAUACAUUUGUUGGAGGAUAGUUUAUUAAAGGUAUUUCUGGUGGUGAAAGAAAAAGGACUUCUAUUGGUUAUGAAUUGAUUAGUGAUCCAUCAUGCAUAUUUUUGGAUGAACCUACUUCGGGAUUAGAUAGUUUUACUGCAUAUAGGAUUAUCCAUCUCUUAUCAGAUUUCUCACACAAUAAAAAGAAAACAGUAGUUUUUACCAUUCACUCACCUUCUUCUGAUAUUUGGAAUUUGUUUGAUAACAUCAUGUUAUUGGUAGAAGGAAGAUUUAUUUACUAAGGAAAGGGAAAGCAAAAUAUUUUGCAAUACUUCUCAUCCAUCGGAUUUAAUUGCCCUAAAUACUCCAACCCAGCAGAUUAUAUGAUGCAAAUAAUGCAUUCCAGUAAGUAAGAGAAUGUUUAAAACUAUCCUUUAUAUUUUGAAGGUUACGAUAAGAAAUUAUAGCCUAUUGUUAACUACAGAAUUUCUGAAACAAAUUAAGGUUUAUUACCUCUAAAAUCUGCAAAAACAUCAUUUUUUUACUAAGUAAUGCUCAUUGCUAAAAGGUAAAUAAAAAUUAUCUAAAGGAUCCGUAUUCUAUCCAAAGCGAGAAUGGCUUAAAGUAUUAUACUUGGAGUCUUCUUAGGAUUAGUUUUUUUGAGAAUACCAGGUCCAACUGAUAAUCCAACAAUUAGAGAUGUUAAUGAUAAGAAUGGAAUUUUACUUUUUUUCUCAGUUGCUAUUUAUAUGAUGUAGUUACAAUUUUGUAUACUAACCUUCCCUAUCUAGAGAGCAGUAUUUUUGCGAGAAGAAAAUGCUAAAUUUUAUACAGCAGGACCAUACUUUGUUGGCUAAUUUAUUGUUGAUAUGAUUCCUGCAAUAGUUUUCCCAACAAUUACUUCUCUAGUCUCUUAUUGGAUGAUUGGAUUGAAUGAUGAUAAUGCUGGAAAGGUUUUCUUUUUUAUUUUUAUAGCUAUAUUGACUAGUAUAUCAGGUUAAGCAUAUGGGUAUUUAGCUGGUACUGCAUUCAGUGAUGUAAAUGUAGCUGUUUCUUUAGCUCCAGUUUUGAUUAAACCAUUUAUACUUUUUGCUGGGUUACUUAAGAACACAGGUGAUUAUGCAAGUUGGAUUUCAUGGUUCUAAUAUCUAUCCCCUUUCAAGUAUAGUUUUACUGCACUUUGCCUAAAUGAAUAUAAUUAUGAUGGUCCAGGCUACCCUUAAGAUCCAGUUCAUUAAUUAGAUUUUAAUAUGUCUAAAUGGCAAGCAGUUGGAGGUUUAAUCGGCUGCUUUUCAAUUUGUACUUUUGUCUCUUUUCUAUUUUUACUAAUAAUGAAAAAAAGAGUACAAUGA